AUGACAUCCGACAAUGCAUCCAUAAUAUCCACCCCCCGCUCCGUCUUCCCCCAAGGCCCCAGCUUCACCCUCGACGACUUCUCCAGUCGCGACUUCAUCGUAAAAGAAUUCAUCGAGGCCCUCUCCGACACAGCCAUCUCCAACCGCCGCUCAACCAUCGCAGCCCCUACCACAUCCAAUUCCACCUCCACCUCCACCUCCACCCCCAACCAACCCUUCGAUCCAAAACCUCUCAUCCGCACCUUCGAACACGCCCAGCGCCGACUAGGUGACCUCUCCGGAGACCUCGAGAUCCGCGAAAAUGAACUCUCCGCCGCCGUCCGCCGCGCAGAAGCUCAACACUCGCAGAACCUAACCACGCUAGGCCGCAAACUUCGCCAAACAAUCGAGUCCUUCCAACAACUCGAUACAUCUCUGAAUGGCACUAGCGGGUUGGACAGCGCGACCGGGAUUGUGAAUGGGAAUGGAGGGCCUGGAUCUGGAUCCGGCGGAGGAACAGGCAAUAUGGCCGUGGAAACGGGCAAAAAGCUUGAAGAACUCGAUCGCCAGCGCCGUCGGGCAUUGGAUGCUCAUUUCUUGCUGGAAUGUUGGGAGGGCGUGAGUAAUCGGGGUGAAAUUUCACUGUUGGAGAAUCUUAGACGAUCGGGGACUGCUGAGGCGAAGGUUCGCAGUGCGCAUAUUGCGAGGCAAUUGUUGCGCAUUAGCCAGCGGUUGGAUCCGUCGAGUUGGAGGGAGAAUUCGAGUGGGAAGUUUAUUGGGAGUGGGACUGCGAAUGGACAUGGACGCGAAAACAGCAAUAGCAAUGGGCCCAGCUCAAAUGCUUCUUCCGAAGAUGUUAGUCGUGAUGGGAGUGGGAGUCAGAGUCCGCCGCGUCGCAAUACGCGUGAAGUGAUUGAGAAAUUCUCGGAAACGUUGGAAAAGGACCUUUUGAAGCAGUUUGAUGAUUUCUAUCGCAAGGCCAAUUUCGAUGGGAUGAAGGAUUGUGCUACUGUUUUGCAGGAUUUUAAUGGCGGGGCUAGUGUUAUUGCUCUGUUUGUGAAUCAGCAUCAGUUCUUUAUUGAUCGCAGCCGGAACGAGUUGGAGGAGGUUGGUGGUGAUGAGGAUUCCUGGGAGCGCGUGGCCGAUCCCGAUGCUGAAUUGCCAGGGGUUGAGCCGAGUUUACAGUCUCUUCUUGAUGAGGUUAAAGUGGUUGUUCAGGAAGAGUCGGCGAUUAUCCGUCGUGCAUUCCCUUACUACGAGCAGGUGUUGGGCAAGUUCCUUCAGCGGGUGUUUCAGCAGUCGAUUCAGCAGCGCUUGGAGAUGGUGCUGGAGAAGGCUAGCGGGGUGUCCUCGUUGGCGUUUCUACGGUGUUUGCAGAGUUCUCGGGGGUAUAUCAGUGCUUUGAUUGACGAUCUCAAAGCACAUGGAUUGACUGAGCAUCCUGAGGCUAUUUCGUCUCAAAGUGCGCUUCUCUUGGAUCAGCAGCUGGAAGAGCUGUUCGUUCCUUACUUCGUUGGAUCAUCUUAUAUCGAACGCGAACGACGGACGUUGGAGGAACUGUUCAACGCGGUCUUGUUCAAAUUUACCACCUACCAAGCUCGUCGCAAGAAGGCCGCCACCACAUUCAUGGCUUCGCUCUCUCGACCCGGUACCGAGCUUCUCUCCACCGCACGCGAUGCAUUCAUCUCUCGACUCGAUUCCCCCGAGGUCUCCCCGAUCCAGCGACGAAUGCUCCUACACGUCGCAAAGAUAGGCGAGGUCCCCGAGACAGUCCGAUUAACGGAGAUCAAACUCACCGAGGAAGACGGACAGCCGAAUCUCAGCGACGUCAAACGAAUGCUGAAGUGGCUGGCUGAGGCUGUGGGUCGUGGACUGGAACUGAGCGUCAACACAGAUACCCACAAAGAUGUCUCGGCUAUGCUGAACGUGCUGUUAGUCACGAUGGGCGAUGGGUACAUUGAUGUUUGCCUCGAUGCAGCCUUGGAUGCAGCAACUUCGCAAGAAUCUGGCAAGAAUGAGCCCGACUUUGCGUAUCUUCCGUCUGUGAGAACGACUAUUAGUAUCACUACAUUGAUGGUGAUGUGUGCGAAUGCAGUACUGCUUCCAUUGGCUGCUGCUAGUAUCACCACAAGGCGGGAUAUGGAGAAGCGCACGAGUCAGACGACGUCUCGUAUUGAGGAGAAAAUUAAUACUAUCCAGCAGAAGAUGAUUGACGGGACCCUAGCUUGGGUGACCCGUUUACUCUCGGGCCAGAAGAAGAAUGACUUCCGUCCGCGAGACACCGAUAAUGCGUCGUGGUUGGAGAUGCUACAAACGCCGACCUGCGCCUCAAUCUGCACAUUCCUAUCCCGCCUCCACACAAUCGCCAAAACAACCCUCCCCAAAAGCGGCGCCAACAUCCGCCAAGUCCUCACAGAAAUCGCCAUGCGCACACGAGACCUAUUACUGGAACAUUUCAAAAAGUUCCCCGUCUCCGGACCCGGCGGUCUAAUGGUCACAAAAGAUAUGACUCAAUACACCGACCUCCUCCGAUCAUGGGACAUAGAUACCGAUAUCAAAGGACCCGGCGGCGCGCUGGACGUGUUGCUGGAAGUGGGUAGUUUAUUUGUCAUUGGCGUUGAGGCGCUUCGUGAGAGGAUUCGUGGGGGUGGUGCGACUGCUGCGGGGAGUUCGCAGUCUGGUUCUGGUGUGUCUGCAGGGUCGGGGUCGGCUUCGGCGUCGGGGUCGUCAGCGGCUGGGCAGAGGCAGGAGGUUAAACUUAGUGUUACGGAGGUUAGGGCUUAUGUUUCCAGGCGUGAGGAUUCGAAUACCCUCGCUAUGCAGCAGGUUCUUAAUGCGCUGUAG